UCUCUGCAACUCCAUCAGUCGCCGUUUUCUGACCAAAAUGGGAAAGAAACGCAAAUUAGGGCAGCUCGAAGCUGCGCCGCCACAAACGGCGGAGCCGAUCGCUAACGAGGUCCAAGUAGAACCGGCAGAACAAGCCCUCACCCAUCCUCCGAUGGCAGAGAUUGCAGCAGAGCCUCCGUCGAAUGAUACAGUGACGAAAAAGAAGAAGAAGAAAAAGAAGAAGGAGGAGGAGCAGAAGCUGAUGGAGCUGAGCUCAGCUCCGGUGGCUGAGAUUGAAGCAAAGCCAGUGGAUGAGCUCGAAUCCGAAGAGCCGGAGAUGAAUUCGGAGGCGAAAAUUGAAGAGGCGACUCCAGGAAAGAAUAAGAAAAAGAAGAAGAAGAAACAGAAGGAGCUGAUAGAGAUGGAGAGCUUAGUGGCGACAACACAAUGUGCUGAUGAUGUGGAGAACAAUGGCGAGGCGAAGAGUAGUGUAGCAGAUGAGCCGCCGAAAAAGAAGAAGAAGAAGAAGAAUGGCGAGGCGAAGAGUAAUGUAGCAGAUGAGCCGCCGAAAAAGAAGAAGAAGAAGCAGAAGCUGAGUGAGGUGAGUGAAAUGCAGGGCGCUGUCGCAACUGGUGUUAAUGAUGAGGAGAAAAAAAGUUGCAAGGCGGAAUGCGACGAGUUAAUGGAGUGUUUUGGAGGAGAUGAGCAGCUGAAGAAGAAGCGGAAGAAGAAGCUGAGUGAGGUGAGUCAAAUGCAGGGCACUGUCGCAGCUGGUGUUAAUGAUGAGGAGAAAAAAAGUUGCAAGGCGGAAUGCAACGAGUUAAUGGAGUGUUUUGGAGGAGAUGAGCCGCCGAAGAAGAAGCGGAAGAAGAAGCUGAGUGAGGUGAGUCAAAUGCAGGGCACUGUCGCAGCUGGUGUUAAUGACGAGGAGAAAAUGAAAGGCAAUGAGUUGGUGGAGUGUUUCGGAGAGGUGGAGGAUGCGAAUAGUAAGAAGAGGAAGAGGGAAGAUAGCAAGGAAAUGGGGAGGGCAGACGGUGCUUGUGUUGAUGCUGGAGAAAGUGUUGAGGUGGUGCCAAAUGUGGAAGGAAAACCUGGGGAGGUGACUUGUGAUGUGGAGCUAACAAAGGAAGAAAGAAAUAGGUUGAGGAACAGGAGGAAGGCUGCGAGGAAGAAGGUGAAGCGUAAUACGAGACUCAUAGAGGUCAAUAAGAGAAAGGAGAGGCAGAAUAGCAGACUUAUAAAAGCCCAGGAAAAAAUGGAGGAAAAUAAGAAGAAACAAUUAAUUUUGGCCUUGAAAAAAAAGGAAGAGAGACUGAUCGAUUCUAGUCAAGUAUGUGUGAUAUGUCGAAGAAGAGGGCAUAUUAUCUCGACAUGCCCUCUGCUAUGUGAGACCCCAACAAGUGUCAAGAAAUCUGAAAAUAAGCUUCCUGAUGAGUGCUCUCAGCCUCUUCAAAAUGUGGAACCUAAAAAUGGCGAAGCAGAGAAGUUGCUUGGCUGUCCUCCAGAGGAUACUUUGAUGAAAGGCAAGCCAUCUGAUGGUAAAGAAGGGGAGUCUGCUGUGAAGAAUGGCGACAUGGAGAAGUUGCUUGGCUGUCCGCCUGCAGAUGCCCCAAUAAAAGAAAAAACCUUUUGUGCUAAACAAGACGAGUCCAUUGUGAAGGAUCACGAAGGAAGCAGCUGUACUUCUGAGGAUUUAAUCAUGAAAGAUGAAAAAUCUGAUGACAGAGAAGGCCGUGCUAUUGUAAGAGUUGAUUCUAGGUCUCAUCCAGAAGAAAAUUAUGUUAAACUAAUGAUUGAACAGGGCCCUGAGGUAGUGAAUCCUGCUGCAUGAUGAUUUUAGGCUUUUAGCAGGAUGAGUUUCUUGUAACAUUUGGCAUUCCAGUUUUGUUUAUGAUUGCAGCAGGCCAUAUAUAGCUUUAGUUUCGUUACCCGAACCCAUUCACAAUGAAAUUUGUCACCGUAAUUUAUAAUUGGUUUAUACAUGACCAAAGACCACUGAGGUUCUCAAAUUGAAGACCAUUCAAAUUCUGCU